AUGCGACGCUUUGGAGAGUCGAAGCGCAUCUCUCGGAACAAGCGAAUCGACCAGCAACAGGAGCUUAGGUGGAAGCGACCAAAUGGCAACUCUUUUUUCCAAAGCCUCCCCACCAGAAAGGUGCAUGAUAUCCGAGAGAAACGAUCCGAGAAGUACUUCGAAGACACCGAACAAGAAAGGGAAGACAUGAUGAAUAGAAUGGUCCGAGCGCCGCGGAACGCAUGUAGCUUGAUAUUUUUUUUCGCGAUAAAUCCAUUUCUUGGUCUCUUUAAUAUCGGCAUGUACAUCUACGCGUCCUAUUUGCUCAGCCUGGCGAAAAAAGCUCUUGUUCUUAAUCGCUUGGAGAAAGCAAACGGACUGACGGUGCAUGCUCUAAAAUGGUCCUGGUAUUCUUUGAUUACUGCAAUUUUUCUAGCCUGCUACAUGCCUUUUUCGGUCAUUAUUUUCAUCAUUCGACAUGCGGACGCCGUCAAGGCUGGAAUUCCUAUCGACGUCAUUUGGGAUCUUGAUCAGCGCUGUGGCAAAGGCGAUGAAAGUGCUUGUGUUUGCAUGAAAGCCCUGUCCUCUAUUACUGUAUCCCCCGAAGAACCCACUGUUCCGUCAACUGUAAUUGACUACUGUACUGUACCAUUGUCAAGCCUAGGCUUCGACUCAUCGCUCCUUCAAGUUCAAAAUCGUUGA